GCCUUCUCACACGAUCUCCAACGUGGGCCGAUUGUGUAAAGCAGCGGCAAAUUGCGGUCUGUGAUGCGCUGAUUUAAAAUAUAUAAAAUCAUUUUCUUAUUUCUCACCACCCGAGACAAUGCCGCAGUCUCCGGACCACGGGCGCGCGGGCUCCAAGCACAUGAGCCCUGCGCCCGAUACCGCGAGAGGCAGUAAGCGUGGCAAGUAUACGUCGGUUGCAUGCGAGCACUGCAAAAAGCGCAAGCUCAAGUGCAUCCCGGCGGAGGGUUUUGAAAACUCGUGCCAGCGCUGCGUGGAAAGCUGUAAAGCAUGUGUCUAUGUACCUACGGGCCGUGGAGGCCAUGGCGUCUCUGAUGGGAAACAAAAUGCUCAGCCCGUCGAUGACAUUCAGUCGCUAUCGAAAAAGGUAGCAGCCCUACAGCAGGAGAUGGCGCAGCUCACCGAGACAGUGGCAUCGCUGCAAUCUCGUCCACAAGAAGAAAUUGAUCAUCGUACACAAUUACAUCAUCGGGAUGGCCCUAAAAUCGAAGCACCCAAGGAGCCGGGCUUCGUCGGGCCUACGCGAUCCGCCUUUAGCAUUGAGAUUGGCGAACGCUCACUCACCAGAAUGGGAAUCCCCGCAUACAACCACGUUUCGCAGAGUGAUCCGCAGUCGCCGGUAGAAUCAGACAAGGAGGCCACGACCCUCGACGUAGAAUUUUGGCGCCGCUCAACAAUUGAGGAGAUCCGACGCCUUGUCCAAGUCUUUGAGGAAGAGGUUGGCGUGGUAUAUCCAUGCAUGGAGUGCGACAACCUCAUCCAGCAGGCACCCGACAUUAUUAGCUGGGGCAGUAAUCCGGACAAUGAAGAAAUCGAGACCAGCCCCGAUACAAGCGGGAAAGGAUUCUCACUCAAAGACUUUCAAUUAGCCAAAGUGGCUAUUGCAACGGCUAUUGUGACUGAGGAGCAGGGCAAAAAUGAUCACAGCAGCAUCAUGGUAGAGUCCGUCGAGCGUAGCGUCUCACGCAUUCUCAAGCCAACAUGUACGCUGAAAGAUCUACAGUUGAUCGUCGCGCUGAGCAUCUACUACUUCCAUACUGGCGAGGACAUUCUUGCCUGGCGAACAAUUGGCCUUGCUGCGCGAGAAGCCCUCGUCAUGGGCUUGCACCAACGUUCAACAGUACUACAAAUCAAAAAUAAAGAGGAAAGAGGCCUUGCCACGCGAGUAUUCUGGUGCAUAUACGUGCUAGAUCGCCGCUGGAGUUUCGGUACGAGUUUGUCCUUCGCCUUGAGCGACGACGAUCUUGACCCGGAGCUGCCUGAACCAGGCCAAGAUUACGAGUACUUACAAUGCAUGGUGCACUACGGUAGAUUAUGCACCGGUGUUUGGAAAUCCAUGAUGUCGGCCAAAGCCACUGCGACGCCCAUGCCUCAAGAAACAGUGCUUGACUAUGACACCAAGACUCUCGCGUGGAUGGAGUCUAUUCCUCCACACCUACGACUCCAGCAUCCUCGACACGGGACUGCACCUCGACCACAGCCCGUUGUCUUACACCGUUUACGCGCUCUUCUCUACUUGCGCGGAAAUCAUACCCGUAUUCUCAUUUACCGUCAUCAUCUGCUAAGCCCGACACGCAUCAAGGCUGAUCCUCGGAGUGUAUGGCUCGUCGUCGAGAUUGCCCAAGACGUCAUCGAAGUGCUUGUGCAUUUGAAUGCGACAUCAAAUAUUUACAGACGACAGCAAUCUGCCUUCAACUACUUCCUGCUCAGCGCUCUGGCGGUCGUCUUCCUGGCUGUCUGCCACAAUCCAACCGUUUACGCUGAGCCAUGCCGCGAGAGCUUCUACGCUGCAGUGAAACUGGUGCGGGAUUUCUCCAGACAUAGCAAAGCCAGCAGACGGCUGUGGGAUAGUAUUAAAGGUCUUCUACCACGCCUUCAAACGUUAGGCCUACGUGGGGCUGACGACGGCCGUGGGGGUCAGAUGAGCCGUAGCACGCCUAGGAGUGACUCUAUUCUUCACGGACAGGAAAUGAAUAUGGGCCAGCCACUGUCUUUUACACAGGCUAGUCCACAUGGAUCGAAUGAUGGGCAGGGUUUUAACCAGGCUGUUCAACAGGGCCAGCUGCCGAUGCAGAAUAUCGAAGGAGAUAUGGAGGCACAGACUGAUCCCAGUGGCUCAACGCCAAACAUGUUCCAGAUGAGCAAUGACUUGAUCUCACUGUUCAAUGCAAUUGAGCAGGGACAGCAGUUCCCUCCUGAUAUGGGCAUGUAUCAGGGCGACCAGAUGUACAGUGAUGGAACUCUUAUGGGGGAGCCAGGCGAGAUAUCUCGUCGGUUCCAAGGAUUACUAUAGUAAAUACUAUCAAACGCUUGUGUAUACAUGCUCAGUAACUGUGAUAUAUAAUGCGCGUGAAACUAGAAAGCAGGAAGACGAUGAAAGAGUAAGGUUUUUACUAACAACGUGAGCGUGAUGCUCCUAUAUACAAGAUUCCAUAACCGCGUUAUAUCAACACUUCAUACAAGAAAAAUAAAUACGUUUUGCAAAUUGGGAAUAGAGAAACAACAUCAAAUAGGUAUCUUGUUUCGUUUAGUACCAGCUCUUGGGACCGAAGCCCUCGGGAGGAAUUUCCAAGAGAGUUGAUCGGGCACCCUCUGCACCACCAUCCACGCCGAGACUGUUCACCGUGUUGCCCCACCACGUUACAUCGACCUCGUGAUACUGGACAGCAAAGAAGAUGAUAAUGGCGGAGAAGGCAACACCACCCGCGAGACCAGCCGCAACAAUGUAGUUGUACUUCUCCCACCACGCAGUCUUAUACUUUCGGAGGUAGUACAUGAAGAAGAAGUUCGCGUAGAAGGCACCGGUAAGGUAGGAAAGGUUGUUGGGAGCCCAAAAGAGCAUGCCGUUGAGGACCAGAGAAGGAUGGACGUGCUUGAACGCACCAAUGGGCUUGAAGAGAACCCAGUUGAGGGGAGUGUAGAGGGCUGAAGGGAGAACACGCUUGGCACCGUUGCGGAUAGCACCACCGUAGUUCUUAAGACCCCACCAAAGGAGAGCAAGAAGGAAACCCAAGAGGAAGCAGUACUUCAUAGCAGGGUAGAUUUGCGAGAAGAUUCUCUGGGGACCAAUGGCACCCCACACCACGGAUGCAGAGAAGUAAACUUGCGAUCCAUUUGCGCAGUUGAAUUUGGCGGGUUGGUCUGGCGUGCAAAUACCGUCAAUAUCGGUGUCAACAAACUGAACGACGCCAUAGGCCACCAGAGCGGUGAUGACGGAACUGAUGACUUGUCCACGGUACAUGGCACGAGGGGGAACCUUGGCGUAGAAGCCCAUCUUUUGGUCAGAAAUAUAGGUAUCGGCCUGACCAUUGAUAUUGUAGCCGAAGGCCUUGACGAACAUGAGAGCCUCAGGGUGACCGGGCAGAGCAUAACCGACGAUAAGCUCAGUAACGACAUUGAGUCCUUCGGUAGUACCUGAAAUGGCGUAGAGGUACGACAUGGGAAUGAGGAAGACGAGGUUGAGACCGAUGACGAAGAAGAUGGUCCACACAGGGGUAUCCAACUGAGGGUACUGGGUGAGGAUGAUGAUGGCAAAGAUGAAGGAGAUGAGGGCAAUCAUGAGGAACCACCAGUCAGGCACUUCAGGGUAUUUGCGCAUCAUGUUGGUCAGAGGAUCAUCAAACUCGUCGUAGAUGGAAGUUCCAUCAUCGAACAUGUUGUAGAUGUGAGAACCAGCCUCUCUAAGUCUACCCUUGGCCAAUGCCCCGAGAGCCUUUCCAGUCUGGCUGAAGAUGCGGCGGGUGGUUGAGACCAUGGCUCUACCGACAGCCUUGUAGGCGGAGGACAGUGGGCGCCACGCAUCCAAGAGAAUAAAGACCAUUGUGAGAGGGUAAAAUGCAAAGAAUGUACCGUACACAAUCAAGUUACCAGCACUGUAGAAUGGCGGAGAGUACGCCUUGUAUUUCUCUUCAUCAAGAAUGGCCGUACCUUUAAUAAGGACCUUGGAGAUGUUGUACCUAUUGCCUUGGUUAUCGAAAAUACCAGAAGAGUUGAUAGGUAGAUAGGCGGAACCAGCGGUGUUGGUGUAGUAGAGGGCAAGAAUAAGAAGACCACCAAACACGGCGCCUGCGUACUGUUGUGCCACAGAGAAGAACGGCCACGCCAAAGGCUGAAGGAUGAGGUUGGUGGAGGUAUUCCAAUCAAGCGAGGGGAGAGGGUUGAAGCCGAGACCAGAGUUGCCGCCUGUAACCAUGGCCAGGUUGAAGUUGUUGGGCGCAAUCCAAGUCAUCCAAGAGAAGAUAGCAAGACCAGUCCAAAGAUAGCCAGGGAGCCAGAAGUAGAAGAAACUGGCUGCGAAGAUGAUGAAGAAAAGCUUGUAUCGGGUAAUUCUCCAGCCGUGAAUAGUUUCCUUGCGAUCGGGCACGAGUAGGGCUCUGUUGAGGGCGAGGGUAGGGAGGAUGCUGGGCCAAAUGGUCUCGACGGGAUAGACAACAAAGCGGCGAAUCAGGCCGGAGAAACCGAGGCCCAUUAGCUGGGUAGAAAGCAGCAGCAAGCAGCCGUAUGUAGGGGUCAACCAUUGGUCCUUGUAGUAGACAGUCUGGGUCUGAAUGUUCCAGAAGCAGUAAGCAGAGGUCAGGCCAACAUCGACAAUGACGGUGGCCAAAACCUGCUCCUUGUAUGACCAUGGACCAGGGUUGAGAGAGACACGCUUUCCACGGAAGUUGAAACCCCAAUCGGGGAGAAUGGCAGCAAGAAGCAUACCACAAGGGUAGAGGAACACCUGAACGACGACAGAAGCAAUGGUGACGGCGGGGAAGCGAGAGUUGAAGAGCGAGUUGGUGAACUGGGCGACGACGGCCCAAAUGUAGCCGAGCAAGUGUGCGCGGAUAGUCUCGCAGGGCAAGUCAAUGUCAUCGUAGGGCUCCGUGAUGGCGCGGACUUCGGGGUAUGGAGAGUAAAACUUGCAGACAGCAACCUCGGUUUUGAAUUCGAGCUCCCACUCGUCCUGGCUCUGCUCCUUGGUUGGGCCGUCCAGAAGGCGGUUCAGCUUCUCGCGCAGCGUGGGCGAAAAGUUGUAGUCAAACUCGUGAUCGUGGAGCAUCUUUUCGGUAAUUUCUCUGCAAUCGUCAAUGGUGAGAGUAUCAAUCUUGUCCAUGAUGUGCACCAGAUCCGCCUCGGGGGCGGUUCCGCCGAUGCCAUCGCCAAGCUUCUCGGCGAGAUGGUGGACGGCAGAUUCGGUGUGGCCAAGAUCGUGGCCGGACUCAGUGACAAAGUGGUGGCUCUUCUCAUGGGUCAGCGUCGCCCCGGCGUCCUGAAUCUCAGGAGCCUCGUGGGCUCUGUCGUCACUGUUGGACGACAUUGCGGGCUAAUUGGUAGCACCGCACCAGCAAAUGAAGUUGUGCGUGGGCAACAGCAGCAAUGGGACGCGAUGGGGUGGAGAGAUCGCGGCGCAACUACUGAGCCAGACGUCUUGGGGAGGAGAAGCAAGGAAUGAAGAGGAAAGCAAAGAAGAGACAAAAGUCUGGGGUGAAGCAGGAAUAAAAAAGAAGAAGCACAACCGGCAGCUUGAGUCAGGCCCGGGGCAGGAACGUGGCCGAGUCGGUCAAAUUAUAAAGUUUCU